AUGUGUUACUAUGGGAGCUAUUAUGGAGGUCUAGGCUAUGGCUAUGGUGGUCUAGGCUGUGGUUAUGGCUGUGGCUAUGGUGGUCUAGGCUGUGGCUAUGGCUGUGGCUAUGGCUGUGGCUAUGGUGGCUAUGGUUAUGGCUGCUACCGCCCACUGUGCUGUAGAAGAUACUGGUCCUAUGGCUUCUAUUAA